GAUGCUCUAGCGCACGUUUUAUAAUUUAACUUUUUGGUUAAAAUUGUUUUAAAAAAUUGAAUUUUUUUUCAAAAAAACCACCGAAAUAAACGCAAAUUAUGGCUUAUAAGCUUAGUGAUGUGCUUAGAGGACAUGAAAUGGACGUUAGGGGUGUAUGUAGAAGCGUGUUUCCACAAGGAGGGCUGAUUUCUGUGUCGAGAGAUAGAACUGUGAGAGUAUGGAAAAAAGACGAGUUUUCAAAGGAGUUUAUCGAAGGACAGUGUUUCUCUGGGCAUCAGGGAUUUGUAGCAGCUGUAUGUACCAUGCCUGAGAGCGAUAAAUAUCCACAUGGUAUGGAAUAAAUACCAGUUUGCAGAGCGUGGCAAGUGCAUGCUUGUUGCAUUUUAUAUGCACAAACUAAUUCUGGUUAUCGAUUUUUCAUCUUUAUAUUUGGCACAAAUGGACACCGGAAUUGAAAUCUUCAUGCUCAAAUUAGUCAACACCGGGAGUUUUAUGAUGUUUGAACUUUUGGGGCGCAAGUUACGGUGUUUUGAACAUUUGUAUUAUUAAACCCUUUCGAUUAUUUACGUCAAACAUACUUUUUGGUCUUGGAGCCUCACUCUCAUUAGUAAAUUAUGCAAGGUGAUUGGCUCACGAUUCAUGAGAGCAAGGCUCCCAGGCCAAAUGACAUAAUUAUCGAAAGGUUGUACUUGUAUUAUACGUUUGUAUGUCCAAACAUCAUAAAAUUUUCAGUAUAGACUAAUUUGAGCAUGAUAAUUUCAAUUCUGAGGUCCAUUUUUGACAAAGGUCUGUAGAUAGUGAGAUGAACAAUUGAUGACGUCAACUCAGAUUGGAAAAUUCUUAGAGAAAUUAUUUUGACCAACUAGGCCAUCCAUUAUGGAUUAUCCAUCUUCAGUAUAAGUCAGGCCAAUGUUUAAAAGCCAAUGCCUGAGUCACACUCCCAAAUAUGGUUGUAUAAUACACAUGUGUAAAUAUUUGAUUAUUACUGUUCUCAGGCCUAAUUAUAACUGGUGGGCAUGAUAAUCUGAUUCUUGUCUGGAGUAUCGAGUCAUUAGGUGGGUUUCUUAUUUUUCUUUCUGUUGCAAUUGGAUGAUCAUUCUCAGCAAUAAUUUACAAAACAAUUAAAAUUAUUUUAUUCUAGAACCUGUACAAACUCUUACUGGCCACACUGGUGCUGUAUGUGCUCUUGUGACUGGAAAUUAUGGGACAAUACUUUCUGGAUCUUGGGACAAGUAGGUUAUAUUUCUAUGUAGUUUGAUACCUUAGUGCAUUUGCCUUUGUGGUAUAUGCAGUAACUUGUCUCAUUAUAAUUUCACCUCAGUCACAUGUGAAAGGAAUUCUUCCAUUUUGACUUCACCAAGCACUGCAAGCUUCCUCUGGCCGAUCCAGUUUCCUCCUGUAUAGUUAAACAGUUAAAACCCAACAAGCUAUGGCCCUUACUGGACCUCCAGGGAGAGCAUUUAGAACUGAUAGAUUUAUCUAGUAUAACUAUUAGUUUACCUAAACUAAUUCAUUCUAUUACUGAUGUAUCAGGACAGCUAAAGUGUGGCUGAAUGAGAAAUGUGUGAUGACUCUGAAAGGUCAUGAGCAAGCUGUUUGGUCUGUAGCUUUGAUUUCUGAACAAGGAAUGAUGUUAACAGGUGAAAAAAAAUGUUUGGUUGUGUUUAAUACUGUGAAAAUAUUCAAGUAAAUGCCUAGCUAAAUCCUCAUUAGUCUGGAUUACUCCUUUACUUGCAAAACGUUCCUAGUAACAAUCACUGUUUGCUGACUUGUACCUAUUUUUUCAGUUUUAAAAUAUUUACCAAAAUCCACACCUGUACGCAGUGUGUACCUAUUUUUUAAGAAAGAUCUAUUUACUUUGCAUAUGUACGUAAGGUGCACCUAUUUUUUAAGAAAGAUCUAUUUACUUCUGCAUAUGUACGCAAGGUGCACCUAUUUUUUUAAGAAAGAUCUAUUUACUUCUGCAUAUGUACGCAAGGUGCACCUAUUUUUUAAGAAAUAUCUGUUUACUUCCGCAUAUGUACGCAAGGUGCUCCUAUUUUUUAAGAAAGAUCUAUUUACUUCUGCAUAUGUACGCAAGGUGCACCUAUUUUUUAAGAAAGAUCUAUUUACUUCUGCAUAUGCACACAAGGUGCACCUAUUUUUUAAGAAAGAUCUAUUUACUUCUGCAUAUGUACGCAAGGUGCACCUAUUUUUUUAGUUAAGAAUGUACGCAGUGUGUACCUAUUUUUUGAACAAAUAUCUAAUUCAUCCCGCGCAUGUACGCGUCAGGUACCUACUUUUUCAGUUUAAGUGAAAUCUGCACAUGCGCAUAUCAGGCAUAUGUACUAUUUUUGAGUUUACGUAUUGACGUACUUCCGGGUGUAUCUUCGCAACUUUUUGGCGUACAACGGAAGUGUUAACCAAUCAACAUUCACUAACGCCUGUAUUCUAAAAGCUCACUCACACUCAAUGAGUGGAAGUUCAAUCUGUGCUUCUCCCGAGUGUCAUUGCUGUUUUUGAAUAGCUAGAGAGUGAGUAGUCACAUAGUAAGGUACGACACUAACCCUCUAGCUAUUCAAUAACAGCACUGACACUCAAGAGAAGCUCAGAUUGAACCUCCACUCAUUGAGUGUGAGUGAGCUUUUACACUUGAAGUGUAAAACAGGUUUAAAGUUUUGGUUCUUAUUUUAGCUUCUGCAGAUAGAACAGUCAAAAUGUGGAAGGCAGGAUCGUGUGUAAAGACCUUCGCUGGUCAUACAGAUUGUGUCCGAAGUUUGGCCGUGCUCACUCCUACUGAGUUUAUCUCGAGUUCUAAUGACAAGUAAGCAGACAGAUUGUUUUUUCACGCAAGACUUAAACAGCUGGGUCCUGCUUCUUCAAAAGCCACUUAGCUUAAUCCUGGGUUUAGAACAAAAUCUUCAAAGCAAUCUUCCCAACAGUUUGUUUAUAUAAAUAACACUUUUUUGUUUGUGGAAACACCACGUAAAUUUAUUACUGCAAGUAAUUAUUAUUACUGCAAUAUACUUUAUUGCAGUAAUAAUUUACUAUACGUUUCUAUACGUGGUGUUUCCACAAACAAAGAAGUGUUAUAUAUUUUAUCGCCAUGCAAUCAUACAAAGAACUUAGUUUGUUUAUAGACAUAGAAAUAUUUUUCCCAAAAUCUUGUCCGCUUAAGUUUUGAAAGAAACAGACGUGUAGAAAUACAUAAACCAAAACAGCAAGUUAAAUUUUAACCCGGGGUUAGCGCUAAUCCACCUUUGAACAACCGUCCCGCACAUGUACGAUACUGAAGGAAAUGUUUAUGUUUUUUUAGCACAAUAAGAAAAUGGAGUACAAAUGGUGAAUGUCUACGAAUUUUUGAAGGUCACACAAAUUUUGUGUACAGGUACAACUGAUCUGUGGAAUCGUCUGUAAUAUACUCGGUAGGGGUUCAUGAAGGGCAGUCCAACUUUGGUCAAGUGUUACUACAAGAGGAAGUCUGAAUGCUUGGAAAAACCUGUGAAGCACUCUUCUCUGGGACAUGCAACUGAGGCGACGUUAUCAUCAACAGAGCCGUAGCUACUGAGACCAAUAAUUAUGGGGGUGCAUAUUCAUAUAUAUUCGUGUUCUGCCCGACGAUUUCUGAAGCGAUUGUUUUUACGGUAUAUGUGAACAUGAAUAUAUGAAUAUAUCCCCCAACUAUCGUGUCCAGCUAUGGCUCUGAUAAUCAGACAACUGGAUAUUGCAGAAAUCAUAGUUAAUAGAAUAGAAUAAACGUUGACUAACAUAGAUAAUGAGUUUAUGUAAUUGUUAUUCUAAUGAGUUUCCAAACCAUCUAUUCUAUUAACUAUGCAGAAAUUGAACCCCUUGUGAUGGCGAUUCUUAAAUUCAUUUAUAGUCUAGCAGCGUUUCCAAAUGAGAACGAAGGUUUUAUUUCCACGUCUGAAGACAGGACUGUCAGAAUAUGGAAAGGUAAAUAUGGAAGCAGAUUACAAAGGUCAGCGUGUGGGUAUCGUAAGGGUGACUCAGUGUCGGUCGAUCUGUUGUUUCAUCAGUCGCUGUCAAUCAGUCGCGAUUUUAAUUAAUUUAUUGUAGAUGGUGAAUGCGUUCAGACAAUAACAUUACCAGCACAAUCAGUUUGGUGUUCAACAUGUUUGGAUAAUGGAGACUUUGCUGCUGGCUCCAGGUAACUUUGAACAAUUCUGUUCAGUGAUCCGGGAUAAUCCGGUACAGAUUUUAUUGAAUUCACUACAGCAUCUCUGUACAGUAUUUUAAACUUUUGGUUUGGUUCACUUCUCAAAUAGUGAUGGUACUGUCCGUAUAUUCACGUCAGACCCAGAACGAAUGGCUUCUGAAGAUGUUUUAAAGGUGCGAUACACGUUGACCAUAGUCAAUAUAGGUUUAGUUUUAAUAAGCUUUCAUACAUUUAUACGAUGAGUUCAAAAACAGAGCAAGCUCCAAUCAAGGUUUAACUCCGAAAAUCCAGGUUUAACUCGAAAAUAACGAUAAACGAAAUAAAAUAAGAAGCUAUAAUACGCUAAGGAAACUCGAUGCAGACGUAAUAGACCACAUUAUAUCUUGGUUUAUGCAAAAAAAAAGUCGGUUCAUCGUCACGUGUGUGUUGUUUUUUUCGCUCAACCAACCAAUAACAGUGUGUUGGUUUAAUUGCCCAGUCGUGAUAUUACACAAUGAUUAAAUGAAAACAUAGCUAUUGGUUGGUUCACUUGGUUGGGCGAAAAUACAAUACAUAUACGUGACGAUGAACCGACCAGUUCUUGCAUAAACCAAGAGAAAAUUAUAGAUAACGAGGUUCAUUACGUCUCCAUCGAGUUUCCUAACCUUCUUAUUCUAUUGCAACGGUUUUCAACUGGUUUUCUCAUGUGUCCCCGAUUUCACAUGAUUGAAUUACCACGUCCCCUGAACAGAAAUUGCCCACUGAAGUCUAUCAAAAACACGAAUUUCGAAAUAGUUAGUAAAAUAGUAAAUGAUUUAAAUUUUAAAUAAUAGAUAGAAAGUCAAGCAAACAUGUUUAUAGUACAAACUAUUGUAUUCAACUAUUGUAUUCAACUAUUGUUUUCUCAGUCCUAGACCAGUUUGUGUCCCCUAGGAAUUUGCCAAAUGUCCCCUCUCGGGGACAUGUCCCCCAAGUUGAAAACCCAUGUUCUAUUGUCUAUGAAUUUACAGUAUAAGAAUUUAUUACCACAGGUGGUAGGAACACAUGGAACUUAUAUAUACCUUCUACUCUAGCAAUUUCAAGAAGAACUUUCGAGCCACGCAAUUCCAGCUCAGGUUUCAAGGUGAAAAAUAUUUCUCUUUAAGUUUCCUUAAGAGAUAAUAAUUUGUUUUAAUGAGUUAUGAAUUACACUGUAACCCUGUAAGUGGUACUGCGCCCUAUUUUAUUCUGUUUAACGCCAGACGAUUUUACUUGUCAAAGGGAGAGUGCUACCACUCAAUGGGUUAAACACUCUGGGCGCAGCCGUAAACAGCCACCGUCUAAAAUUGUUUAAUUAUUUUCCAAGUGAUGGUAAACUUGGCGACAUCAAAAUCGAAGAUCUUCCUGGACCAGAGGCGUUGCUGAGACCAGGUAGCACAUCAAUACUGUAAUAUGUUUAUGGGAAUCAGUAUUUAAUACUUCAUAAAUAUAUGAACUAUUGAAUAUUUCUGUCCUGUUUUAGGGAAGUCGAGUGGACAAAAUCUUCUUAUCAAGCGAGGAGGAACUAUUGAAGCUCAUCAGGUGCAUAUCCGUAGUACAUACUAGUCUCUUUAUAACGAGAACAGUUAGGGUGCUCUAUUGUAUUUAUGUAACUGCUGGUAUAUAUGCCCAUUAUAUCGAUUUUAUUCUACUUUAUAUUUUCCGGAGAAUGCGUUGAAAUAAAGUCGAAAUUUCACCAUAUAUAAGUAUUUUUCUUCAUUUUAAUCCAUCUAUUGGAUUUUGAAGAUGCACCUCAGUCUUUGGAAUUUUUUAUAUUAAAAACUCAUUAUAAUUCAUUAUUAUUUAUUUAAAAAAUUCCUGGUUUCUGAUUGGCUAACAGCCAACUGUGAAAUUGUCAUGUCAACUCAAUGGCUAACCAAAUAUGGAUUUUUCACAUUCAUAAUAGCAAAAUGACGUCAAAGAGUCAAUAUGAAAAAAAUUUGGACGCGUUUGCGCCAUAUUACUAUGACGACGAGAAUCAUAUUGACUUGCUGACGCCAUUGAUAUGACGACGGCUGCUGAAGGACUAGGGAAUUGUGUUUUUCUUAAUUAAUACAAGUAAAAUAUAAAUGACUUCCGAUUGUUUUAAUUUUUUAAAAUAAAUAAUAAAACAAUUACUGAAUUCGGUUUUCGCACAAUAUGAAGAAUUACCAAGCCCUCAGUUUGCCGUUAUCAACCUCAGGCUUCGGCUUCGGUUGAUAACGGCAAACGUCGGGCUUGAUAAUUCUUCAUAUCGUGCUCAACCUCAUUCAAUAAUUGUUAAUUAUAUCAUCAGUAAUUCAUGAAGAAAAGACAGAGGAAUUCACUGCCGUGUCGGUGGUUUUAUACGAGAUAAAAAAUUACGUUAAUUUACAUAAACUUUAGCUUUGAUUUUCUCUGCUUAGAAAACGUUUAUUUUCAAAAUUACUUCGCCAAUGAACUCAUAAGAUGGGUCGUUAAUUUUUAAGUCAUUUAAAACACUCGCAGUCCGUGCCUUAUCAGAUAUAAGACACUCGGCUGUCGGCUCGUGUUUUAUACCUGAUAGAGCACUCCUACUCGUGUUUUAAAUGGUACUUAAUUCUCUGUAUUCGGUUAUUUGUAGUGGAAUGAUACUGAAGGAAAGUGGGACAAGGUAUAUUUUGUAUAAUUUUAAUAAUUAUAAUCACAGGGUUCGUACGGGUCCUGGAAAACCUGGAAAGUCAUGGAAUUUCAAUAUUCCAAAAUCCAGGCCUGGAAAUCCUGGAAAAUCAAUUUUUGUCAUGGAAAGUCAUGGAAAAUUGAAAUUUUACAUAACAUGAACGAAGUAUUUUAUUUAUUCAAUUUACCAGUCAUAACAAUAAUAUGAAUAGUUGUUAUAUACCGGAUUUUUGCAAGAGCGAAGUGAAUGUUGUUCUUUUAUUAUAUCUGUUAUCGUUAAAAUGUUAACGAAUUUCAGAAAUUCCAGACUUCCAGGUCAUGGAUUUUGAAAAUAAUGGUCAUGGGAAGUCAUGGAAAAGUCAUGGAAUUUUAAGUGGGAGAAGGUGUACGAACCCUGUAAUCAUUACAAUAACCAUAACUAUAACUAAACUAUAUAUAACCAACUCUUUGUUCUUUGUGAUAUUUUAGAUUGGGGAGGUGGUUGGGGCUGGGGGUGAAUCAGAUGGAACAUCCCAAAAUUCUGGAAAGAAGAUGUUUGAAGGGAAGGUAAUCUCUAUGACUGCGGGGCCAGUAUGUACCCACGUUACUUUUGGGGUUGUUUUGGGUUUGUUUGGAUUUGUUUUGGGGGUUGUUUUGGGUUUGUUUUGGAUUUGUUUUGGGGGUUGUUUUGAGGUUGUUUUGGGGUUGUUUUGGGGUUGUUUUGGAUUUGUUUGGGGGUUGCUUUGGGGUUGUUUGGGGGUUGUUUUGGAUUUGUUUUGGGGUUGUUUUGGGUUUGUUUUGGAUUUGUUUGGGGGUUCUUUUGUGUUUGUUUUGGGAUUGUUUUGCCUGUUGUAACAAACUUGCAGCAGACUUGUAGCAAUGCUGUUCUAACAACUUGUCAACAGGAUGUGUUCUCACUGCUUGUUCCCAGCUUGUUGGCAAGUUCUCAACGGCUUGUUGACAACUUGCUACAAGGUUGUUGACCUCAUUAAACUUGUUACAAGUUAUUCCAACAACUUGUUAUCGUUCUGCAAUUCAACAAUUUGUCAAUAAGUUUCGAGUGACAACCUUGUAGUAACUUGAUGAAAUAACAGCAUUGUUACAACUUGUCGACAAGCUUGCUACAAGCCUGUCGCGAACACAUCUUGUUGACAAGUUGUGAGUGACAACCUUGUAGCAACUUGAUGAAAUAACAGCAUUGUUACAACUUGUCGACAAGCUUGUUACAAGCCUGUUGCGAACACAUCUUGUUGACAAGUUGUGAGAUUUUUACCUGUGUAUAGUUGUCUGUUUAGAAUUUUCCUCAGUUGCUUUUGAAAACAGUGCUCUGGUUUGACUCUGCGAAACACCGCAUGCAAGUUUCCGCUGUCUAUUCAUACUUUGGUUUCUUCUAGGAGUAUGAUUUUGUUUUCGAUGUUGAUAUACAAGAAGGCAAACCGCCCUUAAAGUUACCCUAUAACCUGACUGGUAAGACUUCGAGUUUGAAACGUUUCAGUUUGACUCUACCAAACACCGCAGGCUUUCUUUCUAAAUACUUUUCUCUUGUCGUAAUACUAUCCAAAUAAAUCGAAUAACCCUAUCUGGAGCCGUAGGGAGAACAGUUUAGACAGUUCAGUUUUGGUUUCUUUCUGUAGUAGCACCCAAAAAGGGUUGUCCUUACUGGACCACUAGGGAGAACAGUUUAGAACAGAGCUAUCCAGUACGAGUGAAGUUACUGUGCUGAGUGGUUAUAUUACUACCUUAAAAAAUAAGCAGAAACUCGACGUUUCGAGCGAAGGCCGUUCGUUAAGAAUUAGUAGCCAAGUUAGUGAAGUUAGUUUAGUUUGGUUUGGUUUAGUUUAGUUUAGUUUAGGUUAGUUUAGGUUUCCUCCUGUAGUAACACGGGACCAAUAAGAAAUGAUCCUUACUGGAUCUCUCAAGAGAUCAAUUUAGAACAGAUAGAGUUAUUCAUUAUGAAUAAAGUUUGUUUAGUUAAGGUUUCCUCCUGUAGUAACACUGAACUAGAUUAUCUUUGCUGGACCUCUAGGAAGAACAGUUUAGAACUGAUAGAGCUAUCCAGUAUAAAUAAAGUUAGUUUAGUUUAGGUUUCCUCCUGUAGUAAUACUGAACCAGAUUAUCCUUACUGGACCUCUGAGGAGGACAGUUCAGAACACAUAGAACUAUCCAGCAUGAGUAAAGUUACUGUAGUUUACCUUACCUAACCCGACAACAGGUAUUCAAAAUAAUUCUCUCGUGUUUUCUCUUAGACGAUCCAUGGUUUGCCGCCCAACAGUUUCUGGAGAAGAAUGAGCUUAGUCAGUUAUUCUUGGAUCAAGUGGCUCAUUUCGUUAUCAACAACACGAAGUCAUUCAGCAUUGGUCCCCAGGCCAAUCAGUCGUCUUACACAGACCCAUUCACAGGCGGUUCUCGAUACGUCCCGGGAGUCUCGACAUCAAACGAAACAUCUGACGUAAGAGGAGCAGCUGAUCCAUUUACAGGUAAAUAUAUCUUUCUAAAGGACCGCUUACACUUGGAUCUUUCUAAAGGACCGCUUACAAUUUUUUCUGCUAUUUCUAGUGCGAUUUUUGUCUUCUGAUGCAUGCGAACGAGUGGAUGAGUUAUGAUUUAUGAAUGUUCAGAUGAGGGUACACAUCUCAUCUAAACAUCCGCAACUCAUCUACUCGUUCACAUGCAUCAGAAGACGAAAAUCGCACUAAAAAUCCCAGCAAGUGUAAACGGGCCUAAGUGAAUUUUGAAUUCCAAGUGAACUUUAGAAUUGUCAUAUACAGUACUUGGGGAUUGGAAGCAAUUUUCUAAAGGCCAUUUCCACUCAGGAAAAUUUUCCGCAGAAAAAACAUUUUGUAAAAUGUGAUUGAAAUUUUUCUUGAGUGGAAAUGGGCCUUUAAAUGCGACCAUGGGGAAAUUAUAAUCAGACAACUGCAUAUUUUGCAGGAAUCAACCCCACUGUCCCGGUGGUGGGAGUUAUAACACUGUUAUAAUAGUCGUACACUAGUAUAAAGAUCAGUUUUUUUGCUAGAAGAGGCUUUGGAUAAUAGUUGCAAUUGUUUUUCCUUAAAUUUCUAGGACAAGGAAGCUAUAGGCCAAAUUAUGCUGCGCCAAUGGUAAGGAUUACGGAAUCGAUAUUGUAUAAUAUUAAUAUAUAAACUUACUAAUGUUUCACUUUAUGGAAUUUGUUUCUUUUUAGACCGUAGACAAUACAUUGUCUGCAACAGAAACCAAAACAGCUUCAUAUUUCCCAGAGGUAUGCUUUUUUGCAUACUUCAUUCCUUUUGUUUAGCUUAAAGUUUAAGUUUAGUUUAGUUUAGUUUAAGUUUACAACAGUAAAAAUGAGGAUUUUGUUGCCCAUGCAUUUCAGAAAUCAUACCUCAGUUUUGAUCAAGUGAAAGUCGAUGGUUUAAUGGGAAGAUUGAAUGACUUUAAUGAGAAAAUCGACGAGGUAAGAUGACAUAAUACUGUAAUCGAAUACUUGCUGCUUUAAUUUAAAGCUGAGAUUUUAUUCAAUAUACAGUGGUGACAGAGCACAAAGACUUAUAAUUUCAAGUUUUGCCAAUUUCUGUUUUUUUUAUAGGAUCAGAAACUUUUGAACGAAGAUAUCACGGAAAUCAGAAGUAUUGCAUUUCUAUUAUUUUGUUUGAAACUUUUAACUUUGUUUAAACUUUUAUUUAAAUAACUCUCUCAGCUCUUUUCUCUUUUUUUUCUAGAUGUCUUAUCCUUAGCGGUAGAUAAAACGAAAACAGCCAGUCCUUUAUCGCAUAAACAAGUGGAAAUUGUAACCAAAUUAAUCCGGUGGCCUACAGACAUAUGUUACCCUGGUUAGCUCAUGAUUGUACUUACCACUUAUAUAAAAACAAUGAUUCAGUAAGAAUCAUCUCUGUAGCUCAGUUGGUUAGAGCACUGUACCGGAAUCGCAGGGCCGCUGGUUCAAUUCCUACCAGAGGACCUAUAAUUGCACUGGUUAAGCCUGCCGCACACGAGAGCAACUUGCUGAGCUAACCUCCUCGCGUGGCAGCUAUCUCGGCAAGUUUUUCUCGUGCGCGGAUAGUUUUCAUGAGGAUUUGACCUCUCGAGGCUUUGAGGAAAAUAUCUAUCGUGUUUGAUAUUUUUCACCUCUUCAGUGAGGAAAAAAUCUCAGCGUCUGCGGAUGUUGUGAGCUUAGUGCUGAGCUGCUUGAAUCAAUUAGCCAACGAGAAACCAUAGUUUCUUCAUGUGUCUUGGAGGAAAAUGCAAACGUUUUUGUCAAUUAUGUUGUUGUUGAGUAGUUUUCCCAACGUGUGCGGUGAAAAUGUAUAGCUGAGCUAGGUGCCAGGCGAGGCGGUUAGCUCAGCAAGUUGCUCUCGUGUGCGGCAGGCUUUAGAUCUAAAUAAUUGUAUAAAUUUUUCACUCUUCAACAGUAGUUAUAUCGAGUGAGUUGCCCAAAAUAAUCCUAACCUGUACCCAUAUUAUCCCAACAGGUACCCAUAUAAUUAUUAAGUGUCCUAACUCUGGUUUUUUUGCAGGUCUUGAUGUUUUAAGGGUGUUAAUCCGAAACUACGAGACGUCACAGCAUUUCAUUAAUAAUGGAGAAGAACUAAUUCAGUAUUUAUUAAAAGUAAUUGGGUAGGUAUAUAAAAGUUGGGUUUCGUGCAGUCUAUAUGUACAUCCAUCUGAUAGAACCAUCCAUUUCGUAGUUCCGAAAAGACCAAGAAUCAUGAUAUAACGACAGGCAUUGUCUUCAGAAUAUUUUCAAAUCUAUUUUCUCACGAGAAAGGAAGGAUUGUUAUGUCAAAACAGCGAGAAGAGGUAAAAUGUAAUACUGGAUAAAGAAAUAGGAGGGGAUUUGAAGUAAUAGACCCAUUGCACUGACGUCACAAAUCCUUAGAGUGUCCUCCAGAUGCUCCCUAACAAUAUCUGUUCGGGUACAACAACCACAUACAGUGCAAGAAUUAACCAUUUUAAUACAAAAUUAUUAUAAAGUUUUACAAAAUUUGCUUUGUUUACAAACGUUAUAUUAUGCACAGAUUGCUAAUUUGUCCUCCAGAUGCAUUGUCACCGGCGCUGUGACGUCAUGUGCAAUGGGUCUAUACUUCAUAACUGACUAUAAGGACUGGACUAGAUUUCAAGUCCGCGAAAAUUUGAUCAAGUCCCAGGCGAAGCUGAGGACUGGAUCAAAAUGCGAGAACUUGAAAUCUAGUCCAGUCCGAAUUGGAGGAUUUGAAAUGACAUCUCAUACGAAUAAAUCACUACUUAAAGUGAGGUGAAUUAAUUUUGAUUCAGUCCGAGCACUGAGUUCAUUUUGACUGGAUCAAUAUACUUCACCAGGUAUCCAAUAUUAUCAUGUGAGCAAAAUAAAGCAAUACGGUUGGCUAAUUUACUCAUGAAUUAUUAAUGAGUUUGAGGUCUGAAAUAACUUGCUUCUUUGUAGAUCCAGCAAUGUAUACAUGACAACUGCAAGAACUCAAAUAAAAUUGUACAGAUUGCUUUGUGUACUGUUUUAAUCAAGUAAGUCAAGUUCUUUACUCAUGCAAACACACAUGCACAGGGCAGAAAAAAAGAAUUUUCUUCCUGGGAGCACAACCUGGAGACAAAAAUUUCCUGCAGACCAACGGAAUAUUUUUGUGCUAAAUCUGCAUGUGCAUAAACAUGUAUAGUGUUCUAGCUGACCAUGGUUUUAAAUUCAAGGAAUAAUGUGUGUCAACCAUAUGUUGUUGCGCCCAUAGUAGGACAUGGAUGCUAAAGUUUGCUUCAAAUUUUCAAUAGCAAAUCUUCAUUCAAACUUUUACAUUUCCUGCGAGCAGUGGUCGCCAAUUUUUCCCACUCCUGUACAUGAGCCAGAUAGGGUGGGACAAAAACGAGCAAUGACGUUUAUAUCUUUCUGUAUAGCUAUGCAGUUCAAUUUCAGAAGAAAAGUGAUCUGGAAUUAAAGGCUCCUUGGAUCAAUACAGUGAGAUCGGUAAGAGUUGAUCGAUGGCAUGGGCUUAGUAACUUUUCUUUUAACCGAGCGUCGAUUCCUGCGAUAUGCAGUUGCCUGAUUGUAAUGUCACCUCGGUUACUUGUGAGCAGAGUGCUUCCAAGGUUUUCUUUGGAUACCCGAGUUUCCUUCCGUAAUAUACAUGUAAAAAUCUCACAACUUGUCAACAAGAUGUGUUCGCAACAGGCUUGUAGCAAGCUUGUCAACAAGUUGUAAUAAUGCUGUUAUUUUAUCAAGUUGCUACAAAGUUGUCACUCACAACUUGUUGACAAAUUGUUGAAUUGCAGGACGAUAACAAGUUGUUGGAACAACUUGUAACAAGUCUGUUGAGCUCAACAUCCUUGUAGCAAGUUGUCAACAAGCUGGGAACAAGCAGUGCGAACACAUCAUGUUGACAAGUUGUUGGAACAGCAUUGCUAGGUUCACCAUUUUCAGCGUAUAGUUCGAUUAGGGGUUCAUCUUAUUGGAUAGAGUUUAUUGUUGAAUUGCAGAACGAUAACAAAUUGUUGGAACAACUUACAACAAGUCUGUUGAGCUGAACAAUUUUGUAGCAAGUUGUCAACAAGAAGUUGACAACUUGUCAACAAGCAGUGUGAACACAUCCUGUUGACAAGUUGUUGGAACAGCAUUGCUACAAGAACGCUGUUACAACUUGUGCAUUUUUACGUGUGUAGAACUACAGUGUGAUAGAAUUAUCCAAUAGAAAGGAAUUUAAUUUAGUUAAGUUUUAUUUGAUGACUAUUUUGUGCCCUAACGUUUCAUCGUUCCUGUUGGUUAGGUCAUGAACCAAUUAGUGGAAAACGAAUCGAAAUUCCGUGCUAUGGUAGCUUUGGGGACCUUAGUAAGUGAAUUGUUCCAAUAGAUGUUUGUGUUCUUGUUGUUCUGUUAAAAGAAUAUUUAACAUAUUUUAACAUGAUUUGUUUCUGUGUUAGUGCAAUGUACUCAGGUGAAUAUGAUGCUUGUGAUGUUACUCUGAGGUUCGAUUCCCACCGUGGCCAGGAAUAUUUUUCAAGCUUGCCCGGUGUGGAUAUACACUCAGAGUAACAUCACAAGCAUCGUAUUUUAACAUUUUCUUUGAGAGCACAGAUCUACAGGGUUUAUGUGAUUAAAUGUGUGGGCUUAUCUGAUUAUUUUUGUUUACAGUCAUGUGAGAUGUGGAUUUGGCAUAUUUUUUUUAGAUCUGGGCAGAUGAAGAAAGUCUGUCGUACGCUAAGACUUUGGACUUUUUAAAUCUUAUUAAUCCUCUAACGUCAAUAUCCAACCCUCCAAAGGUAAAUGUAUGUCAGAGUUACAACAAACAGUUGAAGAGGUAUCUCAAACUCAUUAAUAAUUCAUGAGUAAAUUAGCCAACCAUAUUGCUUUAGUCCUAGGACUGGAUCAAAAUUAAUUCACCUCACCUCACGAGAUGUCAUUUCAAAUCCUCCAAUUCUGACUGGACUAGAUUUCAAGUCCUCGCAUUUUGGUCCAGGCAUCGGCUUCAUCAAAUUGAAAUCUAGUCAGGUUCUCAUAGUCAGAUGAGGACUGGACUAAACCCCUUCAACUUUUAGUUCUAUCGAGAUGCCCAAACUUUUGAUACUUACCAGAGGUAUAACCUAUUUCUAUGGGUAUAACACGUUAGUAAUAGCAGACCAGCUGGAGUCAAUGGACCAUUUGCAUUAUAGACUAAAUUUUGAUGUAGACAAAAAUUUCAUCACAGCUUGAAAGAGCAUCACAAAAUUAGUAAUAUUCCAAAGUUUCGUUGCGAAAUAUUGUAAAAUGCGGAUAAUAUAGCCUUGCGAAAUUUGCAAUUUUCAGUCAUUUUAGAUUACAAACGGGAAAUUGAUGCCCCAACACCCGAUUGGGCUGUCAAUUUCCCGUGCGUAAUACAAAAUGACUGAAAAUUGCAAAUUUCGCAAGGCUAUAAUAUCCGCAUUUUACAACAUUUCGCAACGAAACUUUGGAAUAUUACUAAUUUUGUGAUGCUCUUUCAAGCUGUGAUGAAAUUUUUGUCUACAUCAAAAUUUAGUCUAUAAUGCAAAUGGUCCAUUACAAACAUGCAACUUUUUCUUAUAGUUACAAAUUUUGAAAAAUUACAAUAUGUUUUAGGUUGGAGCGUGUGCUUCACAACUAAAAGAAGCUUUGAGGUGACAUUCAAAUUCUCUGGAAAGGAAACGCGAAAUUUAUAAACAUCUACAUUAACGUCAUAAAGUCGUAAUUAAGAUCAGUAAAAAAUUUCAUUUAUUUAGUUUAUUUUUUAUAUUCUUUGGCAUAACGAACCUUUAAAGGUGAUCUACAGUCCGAUCUGCGCAUGUGCACAAAUGAGCCCACUUUUUAUGAUACAAACAGUUUAACUAUGUUUUGAGUUCUUGAAAAGCCUGAUUGUUGUUUCUUGAUCAUUUAUUAUACUCUAGAAGCUUGAAAAUAUAAAUAGUUGUCGAAUAAAGCUCAAUAUUUUGGACACAAAAAUGUAAACAAAGGCUUUGUUUACAUACGGACUGUAGAUCACCUUUAAAAGGAUCAUUUAGGGCAUUGUAUGCAUUAUGUAAAUACUAAUUUACAAUAUAUUAAUUGAACUUUGAAAUGUUCACUUUUUAAAAGCUGAUCACAUCAUUGCACAUUCAUGUUCUUGAUCAUAUGCAUGAUCAUCUUUAUUGAUCAUAUUGUUCGAUGAUAUUAUUACAAGAUCAUGUAUUUGUAAUAUGUAUCAACUACAUAUAUCAUAUCUUUAGACCUUUCUCCAAGAUAGAGUCGAUGACUUUGAGCAAUGAUGGUGGGUCAGGUUUCGCUGGAACACCAGCAACGGUUAGGCUGUGUUUAUGUAACUCUUGAGCUGUAGAUUGACCAAUAGCAACAAGCUUGAUAUCUUCAAAUGACCUUAUUGUCUGCUGCAAAGCAUCAUGGGCAAAAUUAACCCCAGAUGGACUAAAGAAUACAAUACAUGCAAGCUGUCCGAGCGCAUUCGAUACUUCUUCUCGACCUUGGAGCUCCGACGUUUGUCCCAGUAAUUCCGAUGUGCCUCCAGAUGUUUCCAAAACCUCAACGGGAUUGUUUGAAGUCUCACCGGCCGAAAUCUCUCCGAUGAUUUCUGAAGGUGUAGCGGAAGUUGGCGAAGAGAGCCUGGCUUUGUUUUCUUCAAAAAGCUUCCGAAGAGAUUCAACUAACUGUGGAUCGCGUUGUGUGCAAUAUGCCGUAAUACAACAAAUCCCGUACCCUUUUUCUUUCAAAAUAUUCGGCAAAAUUUCUUUCUUAAUAUUUGCGCAAGGAAAAAGUAAUUCCUUGCUUAAAUCUGCCGGACGUUUGUUCAAAAUUGUUUCCGCUAAUGCCUCUGCACUCCCCGAGUCUUCACCAAAAAUGGGCGAGAAUUGUAAUUUUUCCCUGACUUGCUUUCCUGUCGCCUUGCCUGUAACAAAAACGGGAAGCUGAGACCAUUUCUCUUUUAACGAUGAGCUCCACUCUUCUUCAAAUGCCAUAUCCCUGAUGCAAAGGUUGACUGCCUCGACUGCUCGUUGACUUGUGAAUACCAGUCCGCUAUGAUUUUCUGGAUUUUCAAGCCGCUUUCUUAGAUCUGCCUGGUUUAUGAAUUUAAAAGCUAACACAGGAACAAACACAGGCUUGUAUCCGUGUUCGUUGAAUAGUCGUUCAUAACUAUCGUCCUUGUUUUUUGACUUUAAGAUGAGUACAACCGGUUUUUUGAGGUCAUUGCUGUCGGCCAUAUUGGAAAGUAUACGUUGUUGACUCUAAUAUGAAGUAUUGGGUAAUAUAUCGAUAAAUUCUGAAACUGUAAAAACACCAAAUUUUUGUUAAUUUUUUUAUAUAACCUUGUUUGGUUGUAAAAUUUGUCUCUUUUAGAUUGUAUAACACUCGUUUUGUACUUUAAAAGACCGAAAGUUAUUGGCAGGGGAAUAUAUUUUGAGAAAUGCGAGUCAAAAUUGUUUCGCUGACCAUCCGUACUUCGGUCUCUUAGGCGUGGUUUGUUUGGCUUGUGGAAAUUUGUAACAAACUGUUACAACAGAAAUUUAUAAAUAUUUCUUCCGUUUUUGUGUUUUAAACGAUGGCUUCAAAGCAUACUUUUUUCCCAAAGCGAUUUGGAGAUCGUGCUGCGUGCGUAUUCAUGAUUGUAACGCUAAUUGUGGUGGUAAAUUUUGAACUGAUGACAGUUUUGCCAUUGUAUCAUGCUCCUUUGUCAACCUGGUGGUAUAUGCACACGUUUUGUGGAUUUUUCGCCGCCAUAAAUGUCUUUGCAAACUUGUACUACAUGAUGGUGACAGACACGACAAGCGGCAGUGCGAGUUUGCCAUCGGUUUUAAAACCUGGUUGGAUUUACUGUCCGUUUUGCCAACACAAUUCGCCGCCUCGAUCCUUCCAUUGUCACAUUUGCGAUACUUGUAUCCUCAAACGGGACCAUCACUGCAUCUUUGGCGGGACGUGCAUCGGGUAUAAAAACUAUCGAUUUUAUAUCAUGAUGGUGAUUUAUUUAUGGAUCGGUGCAGUUUAUGCAAAUGUUUACCACUUCGAAUAUGUCCACAGCAUAGCGGGUGGUUUUAAAAUGGCGACCUUUUUUACAAUGUUCAUGCCGUUCAUUAUGCUUAUUUUUGGGUAUGCUUCCGGGUAUCAGUUCUAUGUCCUGUUCCUCGCAGGAGUUUCUGUAUUUUCUUUACUUCUUUUCACCGGCUUGCUCUACCUUCAAGUCAGGUUGAUCUCCAAGGGUCAAGUCACUUACGAACAAAAACGGGGGAAACAAGAGUACGAUUUGGGAUUGAUAGAGAACAUUAAGGAUGUUUUGGGGACACGGUGGUACAUUGCGUGGAUGAGUCCGUUCAUCCCAUCACCUUUGCCGGGGGAUGGUGUUAUUUUCAGAAGAAGGGACGAGUACGUUGACAUUAAAAAAAUGUAGUGUCAAAUUAUGGUUGAAAGUAAAACAUAAAAACACAUAAAUUUGGAUGAUUUUGCGAAGUAUUAACCAAUGUUAUACAGUCAAACCUCCCCUAUACAGACACAAAAGAAAGGAAUGAAGUAUCUGUAUUUGAGAGGUGUACAUUUUAUAAAAGUUAGGUUUCAGAGAAUGGGUCACUCCUGAAAAAUCCAGACUCCUCCUAAGGGAACAUUUUUUAUGUCCAUUCUUGGCAGUUAGGGCAGAAAUCAAUUUCUAAUAUGAUUAAAAUUUACUGGAGUCUGGAGCUGGGGAGGGGAUGAACUUCCGAUUUUCUUCAUGGCAGAGGUGUAGAUGUUUUUUGUAAUGCCAAAUAUAUACAUGAGGGAAAUUGGAAACUUCAUAAUAGAGGGAGUCCAUGUUAGAGAUGUGUCUGUAAGGGAAGGUUCUACUAUAUUUUUAAAUUGAUAAUUCCUAUGCACUAUGAUAUAUUAAUUCUGCAUCUGCUAGUAAACAUGAGUGACUUUUCCAUUAGUGAUUUGCAUUGAUGAACUGUAAUUUAUAAAUGUUUUUUGUAGGAUUAAAAGAAUUAUAGAUAGUUAAAUGAUUGUUAAAUGAUGUGGUGUUUACCUAUCAUAUUGCCUAUUCUCGCUUGAAACUUCACCUUAACAGGAAUUGGAUGGUUUGAAUUAAUUCAGGCUGAUAGAGAUAUUAAGAUUAAAACCUAUCAAUACCCCUUUCGAUAAUUACGUCACACAUUCUUUUUGGUUUAUUCCUGUUUCUUAGGAUACAGGACCUCGAUUGCAAAUUACGAUUAAGGUCUAAACAGGGGAUUUUUUAUAGAGGCAACUCGUACUUUGACACAAUGAACAAUCACCAAUUUUAUG